AAAUUAAUGCAGCUAGCUCAUCAAAUACAAUGUAAAGCAGAUCAGAGGUAUCAGCGAGAUUAAUUAUUACUUGAGAGAAAGCUAAAAUCUCUAUUGGAAUAUUUUUUACAAUUGGUAGUUAAUAAAAACAUGAGCUGGGUGAAGUUUUUUGUGGCAUUCCUUAUUUCAAUCAUGAUACCUCUUAGGGUGGUGUCGUUAGAUUCAUCAUCAGAAAACGUACUUAAUGAUGUAAUGAUAAGUGGUCAUGAAUAUCAAACUAGAUGGGCAGUGCUCAUUGCUGGCUCUGCAUAUUAUUUGAAUUAUAGGCAUCAGGCUGACGUGUGCCAUGCAUAUCAAAUACUGAAGAAAGGUGGAUUAAAAGAUGAAAACAUUAUUGUUUUCAUGUAUGAUGACAUUGCAUUUAACCCAAACAACCCUAGGCCUGGGGUUAUUAUCAACAAGCCAUAUGGUCCUAACGUUUAUCCAGGAGUUCCCAAGGAUUAUACAGGAAAACAUGUUACAUCUGAAAAUCUUUAUGCUGUGAUUCUUGGUAAUAAAAGUGCUGUGACUGGAGGCAGUGGUAAGGUCCUUGACAGUGGUCCAAAUGACCAUAUUUUCAUUUACUAUGCCGAUCAUGGAGCUCCUGGAAUGCUCGGUAUGCCAGGUGAACUAGAUGUCGUUUAUGCAAAUGAUCUUGUACAUGUACUGAAAAAGAAGCAUGAGAAUAAAGCCUACAGAAAAAUGGUAAUUUACAUUGAAGCGUGUGAGUCUGGGAGCAUUUUUGAUGGACUUCUCCCUAAGAAUAUAAAUAUAUAUGCAACAACAGCAUCAAAUCCAAGAGAGAGCAGUUAUGCUACGUAUUGCCCCGAUGAUGAUUUCAGUUCUCCACUUUCUGAAUAUGACACCUGCUUAGGGGACUUGUACAGUAUUUCUUGGUUGGAACAUUGCGACAAAGCCAAUUUGCGUGAAGAAACUUUGCAACAUCAAUAUAAAGUGGUUAGAAGAAGAACAAUUAAUAGCAAUUUUGGAGAGGGUAGUUCUCAUGUGAUGGAAUAUGGAAAUAUGCAUCAAAGGAAUGAUGUAAUUGAGUGUUACAUGGGCUCAAAUCCUAUAAACGACAACUUCACUUAUGACAUUAAUCAUGUCGUUCCUCCUUCUCCUCGUUCUCAGUACACUACCACUACUCUCUCUUCAACAACUCAUCAUCCUCUCAUCAACGCUCAUCAUGACCAACGUGAUACUAUUAUCCAUCAUUUUUCGCACAAGUUGCGUAAGGCUCCAAGUGGAUCUCGUGAAAAGAGGGAAUUACAAAAGCAACUUGAUGAAGAAAUUAAUGGAAGGAAAGUGACAGAUUAUAGAAUAUAUGAGAUUGGAAAGCUUUUGUUUGGGUCACAAAAGAAUAGCUCAUUAAUUUUGAACCAUGUUCGAUCACCAGGCCAACCUCUUGUGGACGAUUGGGACUGCCUUAAGUUGCACGUGAAAACGUACGAGAAGCAUUGUGGAAGAUUGACCAUUUACGGAAGGAAAUACACACGAGCUUUUGCUAACAUGUGUAACGCUGGGAUUAGUACGGACCAGUUUGUUGCAGCUUUGAUCCCAACUUGCUCCACUAAAAUUUAAUUUUACUUCUUAAAAUAUGCAUGUUUGAUGUAUAAUCUAUAAACUCAUGAUAUACCAUAUCAUUAUAUAUAUAGAAUAAAAACCACGAAUAUCAUAUUAUCUA